AUGGGUUCGGUGUCAACAGCAGGAGAGGCAGUGGCCAGGAUCGCAUACCUCUCAAGCGAUCUCGUAUUGUCAGUUCAGCCAUCUCUGCAAACCAACUCGCUUUUCUCCAAGCAACUCCACCUUCUCUCCGAUAGCAAAGUGCAAGGAGUAGUCUCGCAGAGCGUCCCGGAGGUCCGCACCCUCCGCCAGAAUGAGGACCCUCUGCUCUCCGCUUUUCAACCUCUGAAAUCAGGCCACCGAGUUGCCAUAACUACUUCUUCCUCCGUCCUUCUUUCAUCUAUACCAUAUUUAUAUAGACUGGCAAACUACCCCAUUGUCAUUCAUGUUUCUCUGGAACCCGCCUCCUUUGCUGAUUAUUCAGCUAUCAGUUCCAUCCGCCAAUGCGGAUUCUCAUUCUUGCAUUCGGAAACGCUACAAGAAGCACAGGAUAUUGCGCUGACUGCCCAUGCCAUUGCGGCAAAGUCAAGAACAGGUGUCAUCCAUUUCUUUGACGCAGCCAAUUCCCGGGAUGAUGACCGAAAUUGCUACGGAGGAUCCAGAGUUAGUGAAGAAUAUUUUAAACUUGAACGAUGCCGUAUCACUUCAGUCGUGGAGGAAGAUGUGGCAAAUGGCAGUGAUGGCCAUCCCCCAUUAUCUGCCUCCCAGAUCUCAUUCCCAUCGAAAACAUCCUCCAACCAGACUUCCUCUGUCGUCUCGUCUCAUAGUGAUGCCGGCUCUGAUGGUGCACCAGAGAGCUCGUCAGCUACCACGGUUGAUCCAGUAACUGUUCGACCCUUGGAAGCCGUGGAUAUCUUCCACAUCACCACUAGAAUCUGGGAUGCCCUGGCGAAGAAAGUUGGACGUGACUACCGCCCCAUUGAAUAUACUGGACCGGUAAACGCAAAGUCUGCUAUCUUUAUUUUCGGCUCUACGGGUGUUUUCGUUGAUGUCCUUGAGGACCCUAGCAGUGCGGCCGAUUUUGCCAAUGUUGGAAUUAUUACCGCUCGUUUGUACCGUCCUUGGGCCGGACGCCAGAUAUUGCAAGCCAUCCCUAAGUCUCUCAAGCGCAUUGCGGUUCUGGAGCAGGUGCGGAAGACUACGCGAUGGGGACCCACAUUCCUAGACUUGUUGUCUAGCUUAUCCCCACCGACUGAUGGGGGACAAAUGCCCCAACUGGUCGGUUACAGACUGGAGUAUGUAGAACCUUCGACAUCCCGCCAAGCGCUCCGUGGUGUCUUGCAGAACCUCUCAGCCGAUUCACCAAUUCAGAAUCUUCAAAUUGGUAGCGAGAAGACGCCAGAGGAACUUUCGUCAACUAUUGCCCCGAAGCAGCCAGAUGCUGAAAAUGCAUACAUGAAAAUUUUGAACCAGCUAUUUAGCACUCGCCUUUAUGUGGCCAAUCAGCUUGGCGCACAGAAUGGGGCUAUCUCUAGCACAAUUGCAUCAAGCCCCGAGUACGGUUUCGGUUCACUAAUUGCUCGCAUCGAAGGCCGCGAGCGCUUUGUUCGUGACGUUACUGAAGCUGUCAAAUCAAACGAGUUUACAACUGAUACUCCCAAGAAUUGGCUUUCGCGAUGGGCGCUGAAUGCCUCAGAUCCGGUCAAGGCAAACAGCCUUUCCGCUGAUGUCAUCUCACGACUAACUGUUGAUGGAUCAUCCCUGGCAAAGAAGCUGCUCCAAUCAAAACAUUUCUUCGCGAAGGAGUCGCAGUGGCUUAUUGGGUCCGAUGAAUGGGCUUACGAUCUGGGAAACUCCGGUGUUCACCAUGUCCUCGCAUCAGGCGCUAAUGUUAAAAUGCUGAUUAUCGACUCGCAACCUUACUCUGAGCGCGUUGCUGCUGAUGCAACACGGAGAAAGAAGGAUAUUGGCCUUUAUGCCAUGAACUUUGGCAAUGCCUACGUCGCAUCUGUCGCUGUGUAUAGCUCAUACACUCAGGUUCUGCAGGCAAUGGCAGAGGCGGAUCAAUUCGAUGGACCAUCUGUUGUUCUCGCCUAUCUGCCUUACAACAAGAACGGCGAAUCACCCCUUGCCAUUCUCCAAGAGACUAAGAAGGCUGUCGAUUUGGGGUACUGGCCUCUUUAUAGAUGGAAUCCGAAUAAUGCUGAGAAGGGCGAACCCAAUUUUUCUCUUGACUCAGAGAGGACCAAGAGAGAAUUGGAAGAGUUCCUGCGACGCGACAAUCACCUCACCCAGCUCAUGAAGCGACAGCCUCAGUUCACAGCUAACUUGUCGGAGUCAUAUGGGACGGAGGUUCGGGCACUGCAAAAGCGUGCAGCCAAGGAUUCGUACAACAAGCUCCUUGAGGGUCUCUUUGGUGCACCUCUCACUAUCUUAUACGCAUCUGACAACGGCAAUAGCGAGAACCUAGCGAAGAGGUUGGGUAAUCGUGGAAAGGCCCGUCGUCUGAAAACUAUGGUUAUGGCUAUGGAUGAUUACCCUAUUGAGGAUCUCGCCACUGAAGAAAAUGUGGUGUUCAUCACCAGCACAGCCGGUCAGGGUGAAUUUCCCCAGAAUGGCCGUUCGCUAUGGGAGGUCAUUAAAAACUCUGGAGAUCUCGAUCUCUCCUCCAUCCACUACUCGGUUUUCGCCCUAGGAGACAGCCACUACUGGCCUAGAAAAGAGGACAAGAUCUACUAUAACAAACCCGGCAAGGAUCUUGACUCUCGUGUAGCUUUCCUUGGUGGUAAAAAAUUGACCGAUAUUGGACUAGGAGAUGACCAAGAUCCCGACGGUUUCCAAACAGGCUAUCAGAAAUGGGAGCCAAGACUGUGGCGGGCAUUGGGCGUGGAUAAGGUCGAGGGUCUACCAGAGGAACCCCCUCCAUUGACCAAUGAGGAUAUCAAGAUGCAGUCCAACUACCUGCGAGGCACUAUCGCGGAAGGUCUGCUUGAUGAAUCGACCGGAGCAAUUUCCGCAUCCGACCAGCAGCUCACAAAAUUCCAUGGUACGUACAUGCAAGAUGACCGUGACGUGAGAGAUGAGCGUAAAGCUCAAGGGCUCGAGCCUGCAUACUCCUUCAUGAUUCGAUGCAGGUUACCUGGUGGUGUUGCAUCCCCAAAGCAAUGGUUACAAAUGGAUGCCAUUAGCAGCGCCCAUGGCAAUGAGACGAUGAAGCUCACAACCCGUCAAACUUUCCAAUUUCACGGUGUCGUCAAGGGAAAACUGAGAUCUGCCAUGCGAGCUAUCAACCAGGCCCUUAUGACGACUAUUGCCGCUUGCGGUGAUGUAAAUCGGAACGUUAUGUGCAGCAGUCUUCCCGAGCUGUCUUAUUAUCACAAGGAAGUCCACGCUGUUUCCAAACGCAUCAGUGACCAUUUACUACCCUCAACAACUGCUUAUCACGAAAUCUGGCUCAAGGACGAGAAUGAUAACAAAGUCCAGGUUGCCGGUAAUGCUGUUGUCGACCACGAACCCCUCUACGGACCUUCUUACCUCCCUCGAAAAUUUAAAAUUACCAUUGCUAUCCCACCACACAAUGACACGGACGUCUACGCGCACGAUAUUGGUUUGAUCGCCAUCAAGGGCUCCGAUGGCCACUUGGAAGGAUUCAACAUCCUCGCAGGCGGCGGUAUGGGAAUGACACACAAUAACAAGAAGACAUAUCCACGGACGGGAAGCAUGUUUGGGUACAUACCUGCUGGCCAAGCUCACAUCGUCUGCGAGAAAAUCAUGCUCGUCCAGCGCGACCAUGGCGACCGCCAAAACCGAAAACACGCCCGCCUAAAGUACACAAUCGAUGACAUGGGCGUGGAUGUCUUCAAGAGGAAAGUCGAAGACCUUCUCCCCGCUGGCCUCCGCUUUGCCGCGCCCCGACUCUUCAAAUUCGCCUCCAACAUCGACACCUUCGGCUGGCAAAAGGACGAAAAUGGUCUAAACCAUUUCACCUUCUUCAUCGAAAACGGCCGUAUCGAAGACACCGCCUCCUUCGCCAUGCGCACUGGGCUCCGCAAACUCGCUGAGCUGGGUAGAGGCGAGUUCCGCCUCACCGGAAACCAGCACCUGAUAAUCUCCAACAUCGAUGACUCAGAUCUCCCAGCCAUUAAAAUGGUGAUGGCCGAAUACAAACUGGACAACACCACCUUUUCGGGUUUGCGACUCUCUUCGUCCGCCUGUGUCGCGUUCCCCACCUGCGGCCUCGCCAUGGCCGAGUCAGAACGCUACCUACCCAUCCUCAUCGAUAAACUCGAAAGCUGUCUUGAGGAGAACGGCCUGGCGAAGGAGAGCAUUGUCAUGCGCAUGACGGGUUGUCCGAAUGGGUGUGCGCGUCCCUGGCUGGCGGAGGUGGCGUUUGUGGGCAAGGCGUAUGGCGCUUACAACAUGUAUCUGGGUGGGGGGUAUCAUGGGCAGCGGCUGAAUAAGUUGUAUCGUGCAUCGAUUAUGGAGGAGGAGAUUUUGGAGAUCAUGAAGCAUCUGCUGAAACGGUAUUCGCUUGAGCGGCGGGCGGCAGCUGUUAAGGGUGGUGAACUGGAACGGUUUGGCGAUUGGUGUAUUCGGGCUGGCAUCAUCAAGGAGACGACGGAGGGGAAGACGUUCCAUGACGAUGUUGCGGAAGAUGAUGAAGACGAGGAGUGA